AUGUGGAGCCGGGUCAGCCUAGAGCGGUUGCUUCACAAGUAUCCGAAUAUCAAUCAUAAUGCCCGAGACUCGGCUGGCCGGACGCUGCUGAUUGUCGCCGUCAGGCAUGGCAUGUGCCCGGACAUUCUACCAGAGCAUCCCACUCUCGUCAACCUACAGGACCAUCGGGGCCAGACGGCCCUCAUAUACGCUAUUCGUCGUGGCCAUCAUGAAACUGUUCAGAGACUGCUGGAGGCCGGUGGUGAUCCUCUUUCCAGAGACGUGCGCGGUCGUGAUGCGUUAUACUGGGCAGCUCUCCGGGGCGAUGCCGACAUGUUUGGCACUGUUUUCCGUCAAGUGGACAAGUUGGCACAAACUAAAUCACCCUUUGUCCUUGCCAUCAAUGCCGCCGCCGCCGCUGGGCAGGCAGACUUUGUCAAGGAGCUGUUGGCCAAGAUCAUGACCGACUCUGCUUCCACGUUGGUGCUGGCGGACAGCAAUGGAUGGACCGCGCUGUACACCGCUGAACAAUGUGACAACCCCGAAAUCGUCGACAUGAUUCGCCGUGCCAUGCUGGGUGUGCCUGGGGGAAGUCAAGGCGCGCCGCCUCUCUUACAGGCUCCAACAGAAUGGCACCCCCAGGACAAGUUCUUCUCACUCCUGCGUCAACCCGAUGCCAGGUCGAUCUCGGUGAGCAGCAUCGCACGAGCGAACCACCCCAUGGUGCCGACGAGGGACGACGUAUACUAUUUCGAGGUGACUAUUGUCAACGAAGGCUGCAAUUCCAGCCCCUGUAAGCGCUUUGCCGUGGGCUUCUGUCGCGAAGACACCCCGUUGGGUUCCGGCGCAGACUCGUCGUGGGGAGAUUGGUGGUAUCAUGGCGGCAACGGCCAUUUUGGCAACUAA